CACAGGUUCUUGACGGAGGUACAGGGAGAUGAUAAAGUUACCAAGGAAGAUGCACAGGGAAUCAUUAACAGCUCUUCUAUUCUCCACAGAAGAGGGCUCCACCUCGAUGCUUUCUUCAAGUACCUCCUCAGUGAUGCCAAUCUUCCUCUCUCUCCCGUUGGGGUGCACAGGGAUAUGUCUGCUCCAUUGUCUCAUUAUUUCAUAUACACCGGUCAUAAUUCUUAUCUAACUGGGAAUCAACUAAGCAGUGAUUGCAGUGAUGCCCCAAUCAUACAAGCACUUCACAAAGGUGUACGAGUAAUUGAAUUGGAUAUCUGGCCAAAUUCUUCGAAAGAAAAUGUCGAUGUCCUUCAUGGAGGGACAUUUACUUCUCCUGUAGAGCUUAUAAAGUGUUUGAAGUCUAUUAAUAAUCAUGCCUUUGUGGCUUCUGACUAUCCUGUUGUCAUAACUCUAGAAGACCACCUUACACCGGACCUUCAGGCUAAAGUUGCCGAGAUGGUCAAUCAAACAUUUCGGGAGAUCCUGUUUACUCCUGGUUCAGAAUGCUUGAAGGAGUUCCCCUCACCACAAUCUAUGAAAAAACGGGUUAUUAUAUCAACAAAACCACCAAAGGAGUACCUUGAGGCCAAAGAAAUUAAGGAAAAAGAGAAUGGUUCAGACAGAAGUAAGCCUUUAGGUGAUGAAGAAGCUUGGGGUAAAGAAGUUCCAGACCUUGAAGGCAGUAUCAGAGGUGAUAAUAAGAAUGGUGAUGACGAAGAUCAGAGUGAUGAAGAAGAUGACAGUGAUGGAGAUCUAAAGUCACAGCAACUUGUGGCACCACAAUAUAAACAUUUAAUUGCUAUUCAUGCUGGAAAGCCUAAAGGUGGAAUAUCUGAAGCUCUUAAGGUGGAUCCUGAUAAAGUUAGACGUCUUAGCUUAAGCGAGGAACAGCUUGAGAAGGCUGCCAAAACUCAUGGAAAAGAAAUUGUGAGGUUUACUCAGCGGAAUAUACUAAGAGUUUAUCCAAAGGGUAUACGCGUUGACUCAUCAAACUACAACCCGUUAAUUGGCUGGAUGCAUGGAGCUCAAAUGGUUGCAUUUAACAUGCAGGGUCAUGGAAGAUCACUUUGGAUAAUGCAAGGAAUGUUUAGAGCAAACGGAGGUUGUGGGUACGUGGAAAAACCCGAUUUUCUAUUGAAGACAGGUCCAAAUAAUGAGAUCUUUGACCCAAAAGUUCGGUUACCAGUGAAAAAAACUCUAAAGGUAACUGUAUAUAUGGGUGAAGGAUGGUAUCAGGAAUUCCCCCACACUUACUUUGAUCAAUAUUCUCCUCCAGAUUUUUACACAAGGGUCGGCAUUGCUGGAGUUCCAGCAGACACUAUGAUGACCAAAACAAAAACUCUAGAGGAUAAUUGGGUGCCUGCUUGGAAUGAGACAUUCGAGUUUCCACUAACAGUCCCAGAACUGGCUCUGCUUCGAGUCGAGGUCCACGAGUAUGACAUGUCAGAAAAGGAUGAUUUUGGAGGCCAAACAUGCCUACCUGUUUGGGAACUCCGAAAAGGAAUUCGAGCAAUUCCCCUCUAUAACCGGAAAGGAGAGAAGUUCAAACAUGUGAGGCUUCUGAUGCGAUUUGAUUUUGUUUGAUUCUUUCAAGAGUUGAACCAAAUAGUACUCCUGGAUGGAAGAUGUUCAAAUUUGUUGUGCUGCUUUGAGCUUGAUGUUAUGGUGAACUGCUGGUUUGCUGUGUGAUUUUCAUCUUCUCCCAUGUUCUAUUUGUAUGAUGCAUAUAUAAAUAACAUCUGCUCUGUUGCAGUUAUGUACAAGUGUUAUGUAUUUGUCAUGUAAUUUAUGUAAUGAUAUAGAGAAUAUUAUCCUUGUAAUAAAAAACCGGCUCCAGUUUAUACUUGGAUUCA